AUGCAAUUCAAACUGAGCCCCUCCGCCGACAAGCUCUUCCAUCGGAUCAGUAGUGAGCUCAUAUUCCACACCGAGCAGCUAGUUAUUCUGCUAAACAAACGCGAGGGAGUCGCGGCAAUGGAGCUCACAGUCAACCUCCACGUUGAUGGCGACUUUGGUGAGGUGAUGCAAAACAGUCGCUUCGUUACAGGGGUCGCACAAAUGGCCAGUCUCGCUGGCCCGUCACGAAUCCGUAUCUACCAGAUCGACUUCUACAUUCAAGGUCCUCGCGUGUGGGACUACGGCGCACGUGAAGCACCGGUCGCUGAGUACACCGUAGAAACGCUUCUCUCCAGGCGUACCGUAUAG